UACUUAGCGUCAUGGCAUUCGUGUCGUUUCGAUAGUUGACUCUCAGUUUAAACCUGUUGCGCAUUUUUCACGCCUCAAAGCAUAAAUAUCGUGGCCGCGUGUUUCGUCGGGUCGUUGUUAUCGCAGUUAAAAUUUUGUGUCCUUGGGAAACCUGCCAGGAGAAAAUUGACUCGUUGGGCAUAAGAGUGAUGAGUUUGGGGCUACAGCCGAUAUUCGUCGCUGAACAGUUGAUGUAAAUCUGUUCCCGUUGGACUGUAGGCUACCUGUGAGCAUGUACGUCGCAUUUGCGUAUCGUUACACCUGGAAUCGCGAGAUUGUCUUCAACUCACAAAAGCUCGUUAAAAGACGUGCGAGGAUUGCUGCCUGAUUGCUGCUGGAGUAUUUUCGUCGACGAGGAUAUCUACGCAGCCGAAUCUACGAAAGGAAUAGAACCAAGUCGGAAGGAAAGCGACUAAUCGUGGGAAUAAGCUUGAAGUAAUAAGAAAAAUUGCAUUAAAAUCUUGCUGGAUAAGAGAGAGAUUUUGUAAUCACGUGUUUUGGCGAACCUCUGGAAGAAAGGAUCUGAAGAACCCAGACGACGUGGAGUAAUAUCUGUGAUCUAAAAUUGCUGUGUUUAGUAUUUUACCGCACCACAAAAAGCUUUGUUCAUUGAAAAAUUGUUUCGAAUAGUUGUACUACGAAAAGAAGAUUAAACGUUUUGGAAAUAUCUACUCUCUCUAAGAAUUAUACGUUAAAACAUCUUACUCUUUAUGAACUAUUUUUUCCCUUCGUAUCAAUAUCAACAUCAAUUUGUAUGAACAAACUUUCUGUAAAUGUCAGACAACGUGAGACGCUGAUAUCGUAAACCAAUAGAAUUGUAGUCAAAUUUUUACGCCAUAUUUACACAAAUCCCUUAGUUAGUUGUAUUCGCAAUACUAGGCUGUAAAACAACGUCUUAAUAAUUCGAAUAUUCAUCGCAUCAAAGGCAACCAGCGCCUUCCCCUCGAUAAUACACAUUGACACCGACAAAACGUUGUACAAGGUACUCGCUGACCGGUAGUCGUGUCGGUGAGAACUGCCUUAUAAAUAAUUAAAGCGAAAAAAAUAACAAGCACACUACGCAGCGGCAGCAGCAGCAGCAGAAAAUACUCCCAGCUCAGCAGCAAUUCAGCCAGCAGUCGCGCGAUCCGGCAGUAGCACAGGGCCAUGAUGAAUGACUACGAUCAAUGGCUUGGCGAAAAGUUAAAAAUACCCCAGCUGUCCGCCGUCGCCGGUGGCUAUGUUUCAGCGCCAACGGCACCGUCGGCCCUCGUGGGUAUCGCUCCCGAGCUUGGCCCCUUCCCGACACAGCGACCACCGGUGAAGGUGCAGAACACCGAGGAGCUGUUGAUGGAAUUUGACUUCGUAUAUGAAAACGUCGAGCUGACUCAUCUGACGCCGCCCCAAACGCCACCCCAGGAGGACCAGUACCAUGCUGCUGGCGAGCAGCAGCAGUCUGCCUAUAUUGCGGUGCCUGCGGAGAAUUCCACACCAAAGGGUACAGCGAGCGGACAAUUCUACGCCUUUCCGAAUUCAUUGAACGGUGGAAUCGUUCUGAAUCAGAUACCAACCGUUGUGGAGCAGCUGCCUGCGGCCGCGGAACCACCUCAACAGGUUCCGGGAGAGUAUCAACUGGCCGACAGCUUUGGCUUCCAACCGGUUGACGAUGUGGAAAACAUUGCUCGCAAUUUGGAACUGGUGGAGGAAAUCGUUCGAUCCCGCUCGAAGGACCUUCCCGACUGCAACGAUGAUGACGAUGACUCGUGCUCGUUCUCCGAGGACGGUUCAGUAUCCAGCUCUUGCCCAAUGAGCGACACCAGUUCGUCUUAUUGUGGUUCGGCGUAUUCCCGUGACCAAGACGACGAAUGGAGUCCAAGCAGCAGUUACAAGAAAAAUUCAAUCAACAAAGUUUCUGGCGGUGGCGUCUCUAAAAAACGCACUCGCCCCUACGGACGCGGAAUCGAGGACAAGAAAUCCCGCAAGAAGGAGCAGAAUAAAAAUGCUGCUACGCGAUACCGCCAGAAGAAGAAGGCCGAAGUCGAAGAGAUCCUUAUUGUCGAACGUCAGCUAAAGGACAAGAAUGAAGAAUUGAAAAGCAAAUCUGCCGACAUCGGGCGUGAGAUCCGCUAUCUCAAGGGUCUGAUGCGAGAGGUUUGUAAGGCGAAAGGCAUGCUUGAAUGAGAGCUUCGAGAUACUUAUUGUACCUUUUAACUUUGAUUUUUAUUUCUUAUUGUUUAUCACUACAUAAAGUAAGCAAAAUUUUGAAAAAUAGUUUGUAUAACACACCCAUUCUGGUAAGAUUUGCUUUUAUAAGAUUCUUCAUUCUGCACCUCUACGCUUGUCCGUGUGAUCGUGUGUUUUGGAAUCUUAUUAGUUUGUAGUCUUUAUUAACGCAACCAUGCGUUUAGUACGUAAGCUAUAACAAACAACAAUUGACGGUACAUUACGGUAGCAUGUUGCAGAAAUAAGUAGUUUUUCUAUGAAUGAUUCGAUUGCUGUCUGUAUCUAUACCUUCAAAUGGAAAUUUUCGAAACAAUGAUGUAACCCAAUCAACUCGUGGCUUGCCACCUAGCGAGAGAUCCGCCCACAAUCCUGACUGUUGCGUAUGACGUCCGCUCGGCGUGACCGAAGAUCUGCUAUCGUGUCGAAUUGGGGUGGGGCUCUCGGGCAAGGCUGUGCUACGGAUAAUGAGUCUUCGAAUAGUAAACUAAAUUCCAACGUGCGAAAAAUUAUCCACAUUGAGGGAGACAAAUUUCCAUUGUCAAUUUUUAGAAAAUCAAAUCUUCUUAAUUCCUGGAACAUCAACAAACUUUGUGACCACUCAAGAUCUGGUAUGAUCUCCCGAAAAUUCCCAAAUUGAGAUCUUGAGUAUUGCGCUUUGUUUUAUGAGUAAUUUCGAAUAUCCAUCACAGCGAAUCAUUUGAUUCUAUCGGGAUUGAUUGGAUCGGUACAACACGUUUUUACGAAUUAGAAUAACAAUAAUAAGUGUAUUUACUUAAAGAUCAACAAUAAAUUUGGGAAAUAUUACAAGAGUAACAAUGGAUAAAAUGAAAUGUUUAAACAGUGCAUUUAGAGACGAUCGUUUAACAUGUUGCUGUGCAAAGUUAUGCCAUUUGAACGUUUCUUAACCAUAAUGGAUCUGUGAAUGUUUUCUCUGUAUGUAAUAUAAAAAGGGUUAAGAAGAAAA